AUGAAAAAGUGGAAGAAUAGCGUGGACACAAGAAUGGAAAGCAGGGGAAGGAUUGAGAGGGUGUCGAGGAAGGAUAUCAGAUCUUGUACACCAUGUGUGGAUAAUGAGGAAAUUGGUCGAGUUGUUGACGAAUCAACUGCCACAAUUGUUAAGGUUCUGGAUAGAGACUACUAUUUGGUACGUCGCCUGAAGGAGCUUUGCGUGCACAGAUCAAAGACCAGAGUGCUAUAUGAGGAAGAGGACUUGAUUGGGAAGGGAUCUGGACUGUGUGAUCACCUUUCUGCUGUAAUACCUUCUAAAAAAGUGAGCAAGGUCCUGUCUCUUAAAUUUCUUGGGGACGAUCAUUUAGAGUGUACUGAAUUGAGGAAGUCUCAUAGUAUUAGCUUGCUGAAUAGUUCAUCCCAUGUUGCCCUCACUAAAACUGAAACCUCUAGAAACAUUCAGGAUUUAGAGGCAACCGAGAGAGCUUUUAAGAGACGGAGAGUGGUGACAGCUGCCUUUAAGGGACAGGUCAAUGUUAGUGCUAAGUGCAAAGAGAAUAGAACAGAUGAAAAGUAUGUGCAUAAUUCAUUGAACGAUGUAUCUGAUGGAUAUUGCGCAUUGAGGCAAACCAAAAGAAGUGGUUCAGUUGGCUAUUUCCUUACCACAAGUACAGAAUCUAGUGAUUCUCAUAGCGAUGCCUGUUCUGUUGGUAGUUGUAGUAUCAACGAUGAAUUCUCUAACUGUUCUCCAGUAGAAGUUUAUUGCCAAGGAGCUGAGCUUCUUUGCAGUGAUGCAGAGUCUUUUCGAAAUUCAGCAGAUGAGGAGGAAAGACACUCUCUUUCUUCACCAGAGAAAGUAGCAGCAAGUAUUCAUAGUUUGGAGUUACAUGCUUAUCGCUGCACUUUGGAGGCAUUGUAUGCUUCCGGUCCCUUAAGUUGGGACCAAGAAGCAUUGUUAACGAAUCUUCGCAUCUCGCUCCAUAUUUCAAAUGAUGAACAUUUAGCUGAGCUGAGGACUUUAAUUUCUGCUGGAACUGGUGUUCAUGUCAGUUGAUUUUUUAUUUCAUCCUUUCACCUUUCUUUGCAAUGGUUGGAUCUCAUCCGUGUUUUGCCUUGGAUAACCUUGUAAUUAACAAGCAUGAGAAUAGGUGUUUCAUUUAUAAUUUUUGUAUUGGUUGCUUACCUCCAUUGCUGUAGACAGUUGAGCAAUUGUAACUAUGUUAUCAGCCUUAUAUUCUUGGAAAGAAAUAAACUUCCAUUUUUUUUGAA